UUUGGUGAAAAAUUUCAUUUUACUCGUAGUUUUGGUUUUCACAGUACGUUUCGCAACCUUACAUCAGCUUUUCAGGUUAUUGGUAAAAUAACGCAAAAUGGUAUUAAAAUCGUAAUUCGUCUCAAGUAGGUACGAUAUUUGAAUAAUUUACAUCCGAAUCGAAGAUCAAACAUGUUAGCCAAAGUAUUGCUGUCAUUUUUCCCAUACUUGCUACCCUCAUUGCGAUCAAAUUUCGACCUCAUUCCAUUAUACCCGCCGGAUAAAAGCUACACCAUAUUUCAACUUCCAGACCCCACCUUUGACUUCAUCAUCAUCGGAGCCGGAUCAGCCGGAAGCACUUUGGGCAAUCGACUCUGCGAAGCACCUAAUUUAAAAGUACUGUUAAUCGAAGCUGGGCCAAAUCCACCUCUUCCAGAUUCGGCUCUGGUGCCAACGGAAUUCAACCUAUAUGGCUCCCCUGUCGACUGGAGUUACCCCACCGAACCUGCCAAUAACUCUUGCAGAGGUUACAUCAACAAUCAGAUGACAUUACCCAGGGGUAAGAUGCUGGGAGGGACGAGUUCGAUCAAUGGAAACUUGUACAAUCGAGGCAGUCCGAGCGACUACGAUGGUUGGGCAUCGAUGGGUAAUCCAGGCUGGAGUUACAACGACGUGCUGCCUUAUUUCAAGAAACUCGAAAGGGUAAGGGUGCCCAGAUGGCCUCCGUCGACUAAACACGGCUACGAUGGUCCUGUUUACGUGGAAGAUUUCACCAAUCGCACAGUCUACGGAGUCUCGGAGCUGGCCAAAUACAUAGCAAGCUACGCUCUCGAGUCGGGAUUACCAGUGGUUGAAGAUAUCAGCGUUAAACGUCGAUCAGGUAUGACCAUAGUGCCUGCUACGUUGAAAGAUGAGAUUAGAUGGAGCACAGCUAAAGCUUACCUGCAACCACCCUUGAAUACAGAAUGUCUGACCAUAAUGAAAGAAACUCUGGCUACGAAAGUGAUAUUCGAUAGUAAAAAGUCAAAGGCUAUCGGAGUUGAAGUAUUUAAAGGUGGGCUGUUUAAAAAAAUCUAUUCCAAAAAAGAGGUCAUCGUAUCCGCAGGUACGAUAAGUUCGCCCCAAAUACUAAUGCUUUCUGGUAUCGGUCCGAAAGCUGAUUUGAAAAAAUUAGACAUCCAAGUAAUCAGCGACCUAAAAGUGGGUUAUAAUUUACAAGACCACGUGGCCACAUUUGGUAUACUGGCUGAGACAGAUUUCGCAGAUUACCGAAUUCUGUAUCCCCAAUUAUUAGAAUUAUCUUUACUGUUAAUCGACAGAAUCGACGUUGGUUUCAUCGCCAAUAUACUGCUGCUCUUCAAUACAAAAGGUUACACCUCGGAUGAUCCUAAUAUACAAUGUCUUCAUUUUAUUUUCCCCGAAAAAUCAGCCAUGAAAUCGUACUUCUCGAAUAGAAAUUUGAAACCUCAAGCGAUGGCCCAAUUAAUGAAAUUGAUCGCGAAAGCUCCCACGUUUCUUUCAUAUCAACAGAACCUGAAACCUAAAAGUCGAGGACGAGUUUUUCUCAAAAGCAACAACCCUUUGCAAUAUCCUGGCAUAGUGCAUGGAUACUUGACCAAUCCAGACGACGUCAAAGUUAUGAUCGAGGGUCUUCGUAGAUUGAGAAAAUUAUCUCAAACGAAAGCUUUCAAAGAACGAGGUACUUAUAUUCCUUUGACUGCUGAAGAAUGCUCACCAUAUGCUUUGUAUUCAGACGCUUACUACGAGUGUAUUCUGCGUUACUACACUUUUACCUCGGAUCACUUUGCUGGCACUUGUAAAAUGGGCCCUGAAGGAGAUCCCAGUGCAGUGGUGAGUGCUGCUUUGAAGGUGCAUGGGGUUGAUGGUCUUCGAGUUGUUGAUGCUUCGGUGAUGCCUCAAAUAACCAGCGGUAAUACCAACAUACCGACGAUAAUGAUCGCAGAAAAGGCUGCGGAUAUGAUUAAACAAGAUUAUGGGUAUAAAUAGGUAUAUAUGCCUAAUAAUAUUGCUUGAAAUUUGUAUUUGUUGAUUUUUAUCAUUGAUUUGAUAGUUGAUAUUACUCAAUAUAUUAU